GGAUAUCUAAAGAGCGGAAGCAGAUCCAUGUGCUCGUUCGAAAAGUUCAAAAGAUCUCUACAUUUUAAGCCAGAGAACAUUUUCUUCAGCUUCAAGCAAUAUGAAUAUUUUUCGCUUAUUCAGAAAGCUACCUUAUAGCUCGGAUUUAUAUGUUAAACGGUAUCUAAGUGUGCAAUCAGGAGAUGUUGAUAAUCUUUCUAAAACAACCUGGGAUGUAAUUAUAUCUGGAGGCGGCAUGGUUGGAUGCGCUUUAGCUGCAUCUUUGGGUUCUUCUUCAUUACUAUCUGGAAAACGGAUGCUAUUACUAGAAACAAGCUCAAAAACUGAUUAUACAAUUGAUCCAGACAGAUAUUCCAACAGAGUUUGUGCUUUAAAUAAGAACACUAAACAGUUAUUUGACAGCUUCCAAACAUGGGAUAAAAUAUGUAGAAUUAGGAUGAAAGAAGUUAAGAAAAUGGUGAUAUGGGAAUCAUGUUCAGAUGCCAGAAUUUCUUUUCAACAUAAUGCUAUGCAUGAUGAUAUUGCAUACAUUGUUGAAAAUGAUGUAAUUUUGAAUUCUUUGUGGAGCACAAUUGAUGGACUAUCUGACAAAAUUCAUGUUUUAAAGGGAAUGAAAGCAACAAAUCUUAUACUUCCUUCAGAUGAGACAGAGUUAGUGACUGUUGAAUUACAAAAUGGGAUUCCUCUUAAAACAAAAUUAUUGGUUGGAGCUGAUGGUGUCAAUUCAUUGGUUCGCAAUAAAAUGAAAGUUAAAUAUAUAAAUUGGAACUAUGAUCAAAAAGGAAUUGUUGCUACAUUAAAAUUAUCCGAGCCUACUGAAAAUGUAGUUGCUUGGCAACGAUUUUUACCUACAGGGCCUAUUGCUUUACUACCUCUCAGUGAUGAUUUGUGCUCACUUGUCUGGACAGUAUCUUUACCCAUGUGUGAGAAACUCCUUAAGAUGCCUGAAGAUCAGUUUGUUGAUUCUUUGAAUUCAAGUCUGUGGGAUCAAGAAAGGAAAAAUUCAAUUAUAGAAUCUGCAAUAUCUAAUCUGAAGAACGUUAUUUCAGCACUAACUCCUGGUUACGAGUCUGUGAGACAGCUACCUCCAAGUAUAUUAUCUGUUGAGCCAAAGAGCAGAGCAGCUUUUCCAUUAGGCUUGGGUCAUUCCACAGAGUAUGUGGCACCAAGAGUUGCCUUGGUCGGCGAUUCAGCUCACCGUGUUCAUCCACUCGCAGGGCAAGGUGUCAAUUUAGGUUUCGGUGAUGUUAAAUGUUUAACUGAAUGCCUUGAGAAAUCUGUCUACAAUGGAGAUUCAAUAGGUAGUCUUCAGUAUUUACUAGAAUAUGAAACGAAGAGGCAGCGGCAUGUGCUUCCCACCAUGAUUGCAAUCGAUGCUUUGAAUAGAAUUUACAAAACUGAUUUAACACCAUUUGUGCUAUUGAGGAGCCUGGGAGUGACAGCAUUAGAUGCUUGUCAACCAAUGAAGAAUCUAAUGAUAAACCAAGCAUCUGUUUGAAUUGGAUGAGAUUGCUUAAGAUCAUAUUCAUUCUUGCAAGUCUACCAAUGUAUUUAUUAUUGCAUGUCCUGUUUUGUUAAUCACUGUGAUAGAUUAAAAGCCAUUUCAAGUAUGUUAUUUAAAGCAUUUUAUUAAAUGUUUUUUUCUAAACAUGUUUAGUUUUUUAUAUUUGCCAUUAUAGAUUUUAAGAUUGAAUUUUUCUUUG